AUGGUUCAUCUGACCUCGUACCUGACCGCCAGCGUGGUCCUGCUGGCCUCUCUGGGCUCCUGUCAUCCAGGCCACAGUGUCCAGGAGGAGGCCGCUGAACGCGCCGCCUUCCUCAAACGGGCCCCCGUGCAUUCGCGCAGCUUGUCUCACUGCGCAUCCAGCCUGAAAGCUCGCGAGGUUGAGGAUGCCAAUGUUGCUCGUCGCGGGGAUGCCCUCGAGCACUUGCGCAGGAAGAGGGGCUUGUCCAACAACCAAUACCUCAAAGCCCGCGAUCUGGACUCCGUUCUGGGUACAGAUCAUCAUUCGAACCUGAGUCAUGUUGACCCGUCAACCGACCCCCGCAUCCUAUUCGCGUCGGGAGGCACCUGCAUCGUGCAGCCGGAGGUCACCCAGGGGCCGUACUAUAUCGCUGGAGAACUCAUCCGCCGCAACGUGGCCGAGGACCAGGAGGGCGUGCCCUUGUUCCUGGACAUCCAGCUCAUCGACACCAACACCUGCGAGCCGCUGCGGAACAUCUACACCGACAUCUGGCACUGCAACGCGACCGGUGUUUACUCCGGAGUCGUGGCAAGCGGUAACGGCAACCAGAACGACUCGAGCAAUAUCGACACGACCUUCUUGCGCGGCGUGCAGCCCAGCGGCCCCGACGGUGUCGUGCGCUUCGAGUCCAUCUUCCCGGGACAUUACACCGGCCGCGCGGUGCAUAUUCACGUGGCAACGCACCCGGCCAACGAAACCAAGAUCCUGCCCAACGGCACCAUCGCCGGCAUGUACGACGGCCACUCCUCGCACGUGGGCCAGAUCUACUUCGACCAGGCCCUCAUCACCGAGGUCGAGAAGACGACGCCCUACAGCUCCAACACGCAGGAUCUGACUCUGAACGCGGACGAUAUCAUUCUGAAAACGGAGGUGGAUGACACCGAUCCGCUCAUGGAGUAUGUUCUGCUGGGGGAUAGUGUUUCGGAUGGCAUCUUCGCGUGGAUCUCGAUUGGGGUGGAUGGCACACGCGAUGACUCGCUUUCUCCGGAGGGGUUCUGGACCGAGGAUGGGGGCGAGGUCAACGAUGAUUUCGUGAUGAAUAUGGCUGGCAUGGGGGAUUUCGGUGAUUUCGCUUCUUCGAGUGCCGUUGCUACGGCUACUGCUACCUCUGCGUGA